AUGAAAAAACCGACAAUAACAUCACCCAUCACUAUUCAAGCAAGAUCGACACCAACAUUGUCUUCUCCAUUAAUAAAUCGUCUCAAUUCUGAUAAUGAUGAAAAUGAUUAUACAAGUAAAUCCUUGACAAAAUUAUUACUACCAAAAACAAUUGAUGGAAAACAGACAAUUUUAACACGACAUGUUGAAAGUGAUCGUAAACGACGAAAUGAUCUGACCACAACAACAAAUAACAAGAAAAUAAUGAGAUGUUCAAACACUUCAAGGACAAAAACUCACGAUGAAGAGAAUAAUGAAGAAGAACAUAAACAAGAUGUCGAUAACGAGAUAAGCGAAAGAGAAGGAAUAAAUGAUAAUGUUGAACAAACGAUUGAUGUCAAUGAAAAUGAAAAUGGAUCAUUGGACGAAAAUUUUACAACUAAUGAUCAACAAAGUGGAACAAAUGUAAUGCUCAAUAUGGAGCACAUUUAUCAGAAAAAUAAUGGAGUAUUUCAACAGGACAAUGAAAGUAUAGAAUCAAUGAAUGGUGAAAAUUCUACUCAUCAUCAGAACGGAAAUGAAAAUCAUGUUUCAAAUUCAAGUGGAAGUGAAUGUGAAAAUCGUCUAUAUUCAUGCAACGAUUGUGGGAAAAGUUUUCAAACGUCCAGUGGUUUAAAACAACAUCGAAAUAUCCAUUCAAGUGUCAAACCGUGGAAAUGCGAAUAUUGUCCAAAGAGUUACACUCAGUUUUCAAAUCUAUGCCGUCAUAAACGUUCACAUGCAAAUGCACGUACACAAAUCGAAUGUAAAGGGUGUGGACAGUCGUUCCAGAGUCAUGUCGCUUUGAAUAAACAUCGGAGUUCUUGCAAAGAAACAAAUUUAGCAGCAACAGCUUCAUCUCAAAAAUUGUCCUCAUCAAGUACAACAUCCACAACGCUUACGGUGUCUUCAGCUACAACAAAACCAACAGUUAACUUGAAUGGAAAUGUAUGGCCGUCGUUAGAAAAUGGUUUCUCCUAUUUUCCAUUUUUACCUCCAACAUUCACUGAGAAAACAUUAAAAACUCAUUCACAAUCAUCAGCGUCCACACCAUCAUUAAUUCCUGUAACUUUACCUUGUAUGCCAACACAGUUUACAAUAAAUACAAUGGCUCAAGUAGCGUUAAAUAACCGAGACAGAGAUUCUUCAUCUUCCAAUUGUAAUAGUAGUUCAGUAUCAUCUAAAUCACCUGUAUCCUCCUCAUCAGCGUGUUCAACAUCUGUAAAACGAAACAAUAAAGGAAAUCUAUUAUCAACAACUAUAACAAGCGAACCUAUCGAUUUAUCAAAAUGUGUUGUUACUAAUUCAAAACGACAACGUCAUUGUUCAAGUGGUAGUGAUAAUUCGUCACCAUCACUCAUUUCAGAAACAACCAGUUGUAACAAUAAUGAGCCUCUCGAUUAUUCACUUAAACGAACGGAAGAAUGUACACAAAGAAUAACACACGUAUUCGGUGGUGAUGACUCAACUUUUUCUAAAACAAAACAAAUUACAAAAUUAUCACGACACUCAAUAUCCACGUCGGCAGUACGAGGAGCCAAUGACAAACUGGCAUCGAUAGAUGAUGAGAUAAAAGCUACUGUAUGUAACAUUCCAUUAAAAGAUAUGUCGGAGAAUCGAAUAGCAACAUCAGAUACACAUCGUCCACCUAUUCCCUCUACGUCCAGUCCACCAUCGACACCACCAUUAACUCAUAAACACCACCAUCAUACAAGCAGCAGCUCAACAUCGCGAAAUCGUGAUCGAUAUUCUUGCUCAUACUGUGCAAAAGCGUUUCCAAGAUCAGCCAAUUUAACUCGACAUCUAAGAACUCAUACAGGCGAGCAGCCCUAUCGUUGUCGAUAUUGCGAUCGAUCAUUUUCCAUAUCCUCUAAUUUACAACGUCACAUUAGAAACAUUCAUAAACGAGAACGACCAUUUCGUUGUACUUUUUGUGACAAAUGUUUUGGACAACAAACAAAUCUUGAUAGACAUAUGAAGAAACAUAUUUCCGGUAAUGAUAAUAGUUUAACAUUAAUGCAAGCUGCUUAUUCAUCGAUGAGAAAGAGUACAGAUGACAAUACAUUGAAUCAAAGUAACAAUAUUAAUAAUAAUUCAGAAGCGUCUUCUGAUGAGAGUAUUGAAAGUGAAGAAGAUUCGUCAGUAGAUGAAUAUUCUAAUAAUUAUUUACAUAUUGAUUCAACACCAACAGCUACUUCAUCAUCGAAUUAG